UGAACUAUGAUCCAUCAAUAAUUAUUCGUUCUUGCGAAACUUGAUGGAAAGUUCAGACAAAGUUUUGAUAUCGCCACAUUUUUUAAUCAAGGUGUAAAGUUUAACCUUCAUAUUUUAGACUUGAUGCAUACAAAAUAAAUUAUAAUAUUUAUUCCAUCAUGGUUUCCAAUUGGGAAGAUUUUUACGCAAAAAAUCCACGCCCAGCCGAUUUGGAACAAAGCGAAAGUCUUUUGAAAGAUUUUAUACGCCGACAUGACGAUCGUAAAGUAGUUCUAGUAACGAGUGGUGGUACCACGGUUCCUCUGGAACAUAACACUGUUCGUUUUGUUGAUAAUUUUAGUGCUGGGACGAGAGGUUCUGUGUCGGCUGAAUAUUUUUUAGAUCAUGGAUAUGCUGUUAUUUUUCUUCAUAGGUUGAAGACUCUGGAGCCAUUUUCACGACAUUUUGCCGGCCACUCAUUCCUUAAUAUGCUCGAUUUAAAAACCGAAAAUGGAAAACCAUCAGUAAUAGUUUCUCCGGAAUACACGGAACAAAUUUCCCAAGUUCUGUGCAAGUAUAAGGAGAUUUUGAAGCAGGGGAAAUUGCUUCAGCUAAAUUUCACCACCUUAGCUGAAUACCUUUGGUUAUUACGCUCCACUUGUAAAGCACUGGCUCCUUUAAAAAGCAGAGCGAUUUUGUAUUUAGCUGCUGCUGUAUCCGAUUUUUACAUCCCUUCGAAUGAAAUGUCUGUCCACAAAAUUUCUUCCAGUGGUCCUCCAACGAUUGCACUUCAUCUAGUUCCAAAAAUUCUUGAACCUUUGGUAAGUCUUUGGGUUCCAGAGGCAUUUGUUGUUUCCUUCAAGCUCGAAACCGAUGAAAAUCUAUUAAUUUCCAAAGCAAGGGACGCACUCAAUAAAUAUAAACACUAUUUGGUUGUGGCAAAUAUGCUUCACACUCGAAAGGAACACGUCGUAAUUGUGAGUCGGGACGAUAAUUAUCCAAUAUCUUUGAGUAAAUCUCAAAUUGCUGCCGGGGAGGAAAUUGAGCAACAAAUAGUGGCAGAUCUUGUAAAAAAACACGAUGCGUUUAUAGGAUCUGCUGGAAAAGUUACAUGAUUAGGAGACAUUUUCCUAUCUUUCAAAUUACGAUAUAUUUUUUUAAUAAAAAUUGAAUAUAAAAGGUAAUUUCCAAAAAUUAUUUAGUGAUGUAAAAAUAUUUUGUUGAGGUUAGUUACAUUUUUUAAAGGGGUUUAGGAUUAAAACUGAACUGUUAAAACAGUUUAGAACAUUUUUUUAUCAGUGAAUGGUUGAAUGUUAAAUAUAUUGUGAUUUCCAUUGGAUAUUGUUUUUUAGAAUUUAUCAAUAUUUGAGUGUAUUUGAAUUGAAUUUAUAUGGAAAA